UGCAAGAAAAAACGGCCUCCAUGACAUAAGCCGAUAAGCGCAGCGGCUGAGAGAGGAGAUGGAAUCGGCGGGGGAGUGGCUGGAGAAGGCGCUGGUGGAGUUAUGCUCGAAGAUAGAAACAGGUUUGGGUUUAGGUUUGGACGAAGAGAUCAUUAAAGGCCUCGUUUCUUAUUGCGACCUUGCUCAGCCACGAGAUGCUAAAGAGUACCUUGACAAUAUAAUUGGUCAGGAAGCAGGGAAAACUGUGAUUGAAGAAUAUUUACGACGGAGAGGGCACUCAGAAUUCGGUACCAGCUCAGAUGUUCCAACCACCAAAUUACAUGCAUAUGUCAAACCGCCUUCAGUUGAGACAUCUGCUAGUGGCACUAAGAAAUCAUUUAGAACACCAAAAGCAGGGGCGCCGGGCCGAAGUAAUCAGGCAGAACCCAACAAGAAUGCAGUUAGAAGUAAUCAGGAGAAUCAGGCUCCAGCUGCAGGCAGUGAAUCAAGAACAUCACAAAAGGGAAACCAAGUGAGUUCCAAAAAGAAGAAAGCUGGGAAAGCCGUCUCACUUGCUGAGGCUGCCAAAGGGUCAAUUGUGUUCCAGCAGGGAAGACCAUGCGCUUGUCAAGCACGUCGGCACAGGCUGGUCAGCAAUUGCUUGUCUUGUGGAAAAAUAGUUUGUGAACAAGAAGGAGAGGGGCCUUGCAAUUUUUGUGGCGCACUUGUGUUAAGAGAGGGUAGCUCAUAUGCUGGUCUGGAAGAAAGUUUGCCUCCCUUGUCAGAUGCUGAGGCUGCUGCUGAAGCUUAUGCAAAGAGGCUUGUUGAUUAUGACCGAAAUGCUGCAGCUCGUACAACAGUUAUUGAUGACCAAAGUGACUACUAUGAGAUUGAUGGAAACAGUUGGUUGUCAAAGGAGGAAAAAGAAAUGUUGAAGAAGAAACAAGAGGAGAUGGAAGAAGCUGAGCGAGCCAAACGGAAUAGAGUUGUUGUGACUUUUGAUCUAGUUGGCCGCAAGGUUCUUGUGAAUGAAGAUGAGGUUUCAGAAUUGCAGUCGGAAAAUAGAAUAUUACGUCCACAAGAUGAAAGGGAAAUGAACCGUAUCAAACCAAACCCAACUCUUAAGAUUCAACCGGUUUUUGUGGACUUGGGCUUCAGUAGGAAGUCUGCUAAAGAUAGGCAAUCACACAAAGGCAUAAGCAAGGGCUUGUGCUUGGAGAUUACUGGGAGGGUGCAGCAUGAUAGCAAUGACCCGAAGCAUUUUAUGAGGGAAAGCCAAUUGGCAACAGCUUCAAAUGAAAAUGUUUGGCAAGUAUCUUCGGGAAAUGGAGGAGUGUACGUUGAAGAUGAUGGUGAAUGUUUACUGAACUAUAAUAAGUAAAGUGCCUUAUCCAACUUUUUAUUGGUACAUUUUUCAUUUGCUUUCUCCCAUUUUCUUUUUGACUGGCACGUGUAAGUCAUGAAAUUAAUGGUCCUAAUUACUUUUUUCAGAAAGAAAGUUGAGAAUUUUAGGCAGCUUUAUUUCUUCUCACAAAAUGUUCAGAUGCCAAUAUCAAUCUACUAUUAUCUAUAUAUUUGUA